UUAAAUUUUGUCACAGCCGUUGGAUACCAACGGUUUCUACUGAUACCGUAGUCCGUUGUUUUGUUUACUCUUUGUUAUCUCCCUUCAGUAAAUAUCACGCAAAACCGUGCAACUGAUUCUCUUUUAUAAAUUUCCGGGCAGUCGUCAAAAUGCAUACGAGCGCAUAAGUGGGAACGGUUAUUCCGCAACUAGCUUUUUGCCUUAUUUCAGAUUGCCACUCAUUUAUGGUUUAGCCUGAACGAUGCAUUUUUCAAUUACUUACCUUGUUAUGCUGGCGUGGGCAAGCUACGCUGAUUCAGUUGAUUACAUUUACGGUAAUUCAUGCUCAAAUUAUUUUGGACCGGAAAGAGGAGGGUUUGGCUGCUUGCGUCUCAACGGUUACGACCGAAGGCAGUCGGCAACUUGCGUAUCGAGUAAAUAUCUUCUACAGAGAUCGGAACGGCGCACUUUCUGUUUUUAUUAUUGGUAUCCCUUCUGUUGGUAUCCAUGUAUGCUGGAAACCCAUCGUAUCGGACCUCGUAAGGAUACGGAUCCAAAUACCUACACGGUAACGGAUGAUUGCGCUUGUGAUCCUAAAGACAUAAUGCCGAUGAACAUGGAUGAUCUGCCCAACAAAUGUAACUAUCCUGACGGCAGUGACUGCGCAUGGUAUCGGGAAUGUCUGGAACGCCGUCAUCAGUGUGCCGGCGGCAACAAUGACUACGCCAUUCAAUACGCUGAGCAUUUCUGCAACUUGUACGCACACGGCAGCGACGCCUUCUCAUCGCAAGGUAAGAACUGGAUUAACGCUGUGAGGAAGUGCCUGCAGGCGGCAUUGGUGCCGGCAAUGCGGCCGUACUAUAAAGGAAGUUGCCGCGAUAUAAAGAAAACAGCAUUUGCUUCCCAUGAUGCUUGCUAUCUGCGUCCUGAUGCCACAUCACCGGGAAUCUGUGAUCUGGAUCCGCACGACUGGUGGAAGAUCUUCUGGACGGUGAAAGGAGCGAUUGUUUCCAAAGACUGGUACCGAUCCCUGUGGCAAAUGAGUGUAGUGGGCGGGGCAUGCAGCAAAGAAUUCGUUUUUGAUUCGUUGAUGAAGUUGCAUCAAAUGGUUUCUGUGAGCUUAUCAUUCGGUUCAAGCCAGUCAGAAUUAUAUUUGACGGGACGUCAGAAGCGCGCUGCCGAUGAGGAAUUAGAGCUAGAUAAGAAAUGGGAAAUUGUGGAAAGGGCCGCGAAUGGUGUCGCAGGUUAUUUGCAGUGGAAUAGGGACAACUUCGAUUGGUUUGCCUUCAUGACAGAAGAAGGAGGAACUGCGUCGAAUUACACAGUGAACUUCUGGCUGCGUAGCAUUAGCAACCACAGUGACCCCAGAACGGUCCAGAACGAAGCUCAGAAAUUUGAAAAAUGGAUUGCAUCUGGGAAGAAUCAGCUGUCGUUCGACAUAAAUGGUACAGAGUUCAGUGCGAUGGGAUUCAGCACCUGCAACGAUUCUUUGUGCGCCAAUGUCACCAAGUUUGUGAAAUUUGCUUCUACUAGUGCCAGUGGGAUCAUUGCCAGUAUGGAAUUAACUAGUACCAGCGGGAUAAGUCGUGGUAUAUCUGUGCAACUGGUUCUUAUAAUAGUUUUCUUAGCCCUUGUCUGACAUUUGUCAUGUUAGAAACCGCAUGUCGUAUGGCCUUAUGCUCCGUAUGCAGUGCAUGAAUUAUGAUUUAUGCAAGUUCGUGCUGAAUGCGAGACAAAGAAAAUUAUCCAUUCACCAUUGCAGUUAUUUGGCAUUCGUACUUCUGCCAUGAGCUUGAGAAUAAACCGUGGUAUAAGGAAGAGUCUUAGACUCACUCUA